UUAAGUUUUUAGAAUUAUGUUAUAUUGGGAGCUGAAGCCUUAAAAUAAUUCUGUUAAUGACAUAUAUUUUCUUUUUGUUCUUACCUACUUCGUAAAGCGUCUUUAAAUGCACUGAAAUGCUCUAUACAAGUAUUAUGUAUUAUUAUUAUGAUCGUUUAAAUCAUUUUUUUCGGAAAGUGUUAAAUGUUGCCAGUUAUUACUGAGUAUAAAAAGCGAAUUUAGGCUGCCUGUUUAGAAAUUUGCAUGUUUUGAAUAUUGUAUAUUGCAGCAUUUUAUUCCAUUUUGCAUGACUUCGCUGUUUAGUGGACAGUUGAAAAGGAAAUAGGCUCUCCCUUCUGAAUUAUGUAACACAGUGAGGACCGCCCACCUGUCUCUCUCUCAGCAGCGGUUGACAGGAAACACCACUAGAACCUGCCUACACCCGAAAUCACUUCACUUUGGAGGGAAAAAACCUGACUUUUUAACUCCAACAAGUGAUUUUGUACUAUCUAGUGAUGUCUGCUGAAGCCUGUCUGGUACCUGCGGAACACUCGGGGCUGUUAAAGUUCUCCUCCGCUCUGUUUUACGCCGGCAGCUCGUUUCUUAUCACCGUGGUGAACAAAACCGUGCUGACGAGCUUCAGGUUUCCCUCCUACCUGUGUCUGGGAAUCGGACAGAUGAUCACCACUAUCGUUGUUCUAUAUGUGGCCAAAAUGAGCAAAGCAGUGCAGUUUCAAGAUUUUGACAGAAGUAUUCUCUUAAAAAUUUUUCCUCUUCCUUUGCUCUAUGUUGGGAACCAUAUAACUGGACUUGCGAGCACCAAAAAGCUCAGUUUACCCAUGUUUACAGUUUUACGGAAAUUCACUAUACUGAUGACAAUGGUCUUGGAGGUGCAUAUACUAAGAAAAACAUUUUCCAAGGGCCUGAUCUGCAGUGUUGGAGCUAUAGUCUUUGGUGCCAUGGUUGCUGCAAGUUCUGACCUGGCCUUCGAUGUGGAGGCCUAUACUUUCAUCCUGCUCAAUGAUGCCUUCACGGCUGCCAGCGGCGUCUACACCAAGAAGAAACUCGGCGUUGAGGGCCUCGGAAAGUAUGGAGUCUUAUUUUACAAUGCACUAAUCAUUGUCAUCCCCACUUUCUUGGCAAGUGCGUUUACUGGAGAUUUGCACAAGGCAGUCACAUUUCAAGACUGGUCGAAAGUCACGUUUAUGUUUUGUUUCCUUAUGUCCUGCAUCAUGGGGUUUGUGCUGAUGUAUUCCAUCGUCCUGUGCAGCUACUACAACUCAGCACUGACUACUGCUGUAGUGGGAGCUGUAAAGAAUGUUGCAGUGGCCUAUAUUGGCAUCUUUGUGGGUGGAGACUACAUGUUCUCAUGGACUAAUUUCAUUGGCCUCAGCAUUUGCAUGUCAGGUGGACUUGUGUACUCAUAUCUCACCUUUAACAACAAAUCAUCUGAAAGUAACACACAAGUGACGAAAGAGAUGAAGAUUCACAUUUCAGAAGACUCAUCAAAGAAGUUCUCUAACAACUAGGACACUAUUUCCACCACAUGGUGGCGUAGUUCUGCUUCAUAUUGGAGCACAAUAUUGCUUCUACGCUUUUAUUUUUAGGUGUAUUUAAGGUCAUUGAAAGAAUUUCCGUGGUUACUAUGCUGGUUCAGUCUAUUUAUACCAUGAAUAAACUGACAAGAAGUGCACAUCAA